AUGGAUAGUGAUGUGGAGUAUGAUAUACUGAAACCAAUUGAUGAAGAAGAAAGAAUAAGAUUACAAAACAAGCUAAAUGAGCAAAGGAUAGAAUUAGAAAAAAAAAAAAUAUAUUUAGAAGAAUUAAAAAAGUUUAAUGAAAAUGGAAUAUUAAAUGAUAAUAAAAUGACAAAUGUUGAAGAAAUUCCAGACCCUGAUGAAAUGGUAAAAAAAUUUAUUGAUGAAUUAGAAAAAGAACAAGAUGACGAUGAAAUAAAUUUGAAGGAUCAAAUAAAAGAUAAUAGUAACAUUAAAUAUAUCGAAACUCAUAGAAUUAAUCGAAAUGCCAAAUCAGAUAUGUUUCAUGUAAAACCAAGGUCUAUUGAAGAAUAUGUAGAUAAAUCUUUUCUUUUUAAAAAAAAAGCAUCUGUAAAAAAUUUUAAUUUUAAAAUUAAUAAAAUGAACGAAGAAAAAUGUAUACACAUUGAAAAAAAAAUGAUAAAAAAUUUUGAUAAAUCAGUUCAAGUCGAUAUAAUAUUUGAGAAAGAUGAAAAUAAUUUAGAUACAAAAAAUAAUAUGAAAAGAAAUAUAAAAAGUUUAUAUGAAAAAACAAGAGGAUGUCAAAUUAAACUAACAGAAAAAGAAAAAAUAAGUGAUAAUAAAAUUGAAAAUGAAAAAAAUAAAGAAGAAAAAAAAAGUAAAAAAAUAGAACAAAACAUACAAAAUAAUAUAAUAAAAAGUAAAAGUUUUAAUCAAUUUAUUGAAAAGUGUUCAAAAAUAAUAGAAAGAUAUAUAGGUGAACAAGAAAUGUUUAAUGCUACACUUAAUUUUGAUACAAAUAAAUUUAAAAAUCAAUCUAAAGAUUCAGAAAAUUGGGAAAAAUUAAAACUUAUAAAUAAUUAUUAUUGUAAAACAUAUACUAAUAAUAGACCAAUAACAGAUAUAAAAACAUGUAAUAUAUACAGUGAAUUAUUUUUAGCUUCUUAUGGUGCAUCUGAAACAAGUACAUAUAACGAUCCUGAUGGAUAUGUAUUAGUCUGGAAUAGUUUAAUGACUAAUCGACCAGAAUAUACACUUAUAUCUCAAUCCCCUGUAUGUACAUGCUUAUUUAAUAAGUUUAAUCCAUAUAUAGUUAUUGGUGGUACAUAUACAGGUAAUAUAUUAUUAUGGGAUAUAAGAAUAAAUCAAAAAAAAUCUAUACAUAAAACAAUUUUAUCUUCACAAGGGCAUUUGCAUCCUAUAUAUUGUGCAGAAAUUAUAGGAACACAAAAUUCUCAUAAUUUAAUAAGUGUUGAUACAGAUGGAAGGUUGUGUAAUUGGUCAUUGAAUAUGCUUACAUAUCCAUCCGAUAUAGUUGAUUUAAAAAAAAUAAAUAAAGAAAUAUCAUGUUCAUGUUUUUCAUUUCAAGAAGGAGAAAUAAAUACAUUAUAUGGUGGAACAGAAGAUGGUUCGAUAUUUCAAGCACAAAUACAUGGAAAUAAAACUGGAAUUACAGAAUCAUAUAAUAUACAUAAUGGACCAUUAACUUCAAUCCAAUUUCAUCCAUUUAUUGAAGGUAUGGAAGACAAUAAUGAUCUUAUAUUAACUUCAUCAGUUGAUUGGAGUUGUAAAUUGCUCAGUAUAAAAAAUCCAGAAAAUAUUUUAUUUACAUUUGAUGGAUUUGAUGAUUACAUAAUGGAUGUUAAAUGGAAUCCUGCCCAUCCAGGUAUAUUUGCAACAUGUACUAGUAAUUCUAAAAUACAAUUAUGGAAUAUUUCGAACGAUAUUGAAAAUUAUUAUUUUGAAACAAUUCUUAAUGUAAAUGCAGUUAAUAAAAUUGCGUGGUCACAUGAUGGGAAAAAACUAAUUGCUGCAGAUUCAAAUGGGUACUUAACAUUAUGGAAUGCAUCUAAUGAUAUAUAUCAACCAAGAUCUGAUGAAAUUGCAAAAUUUGAUAAACAAAUUGAAAAACUCAAAUCGAACUAUACUGAAUUUGAUAUUCCCGAAUUGGAACCCAUCUAA